UCAGACGACUGAGAAGAUCAACGCCCUGGCCUGCUACCCUGUCCGGCAGCUCCGGCCACUACUGCAACAUGCAAUCUGGCGUUAACAGUCCCCCACUAAAACCUUGGGAGCGAGCUGGGACCUCAUCUGGUCCUGCACCUUUUAAACCCCCAUCACCUGGUAGCACAAGUGAUGUAGUUGAGGCUUCAGGAACUGCUAAACCUGGAGAAGUUGUUUCAACUGCUGAUGGGGAUGCUACUGUACACAGAAACAGUCUUGGUCGGCCUGUACCCACAAGGCCCUGGCAGCAGAACUAUGGAAGCAGUUAUGGAGGUGGUUCUUCUCCACUUGUUUCAGGUUAUAACUCGAGCUUAAAUUAUAACUCAGGCUAUGGAUCUGGAACGUAUGGUUCAUUAGGUGGAAUGGGUGGAGCAUAUGGUGGUGGAAUGUAUGGAAACUCUAUGUAUGGUGGGGGUUAUGGUGGCCUUUAUGGAGGAUCUGGAAUGUAUGGUGGGGGAAUGCACAAUGGUGGUUAUGGAGGCCCUAUGGGUGGUUAUGGAAUGGGCAUGGGAGGUCCUUAUGGUGGUCAAGAUCCAAAUAAUCCAUUUGGGGCUCCACCAUCGCCACCAGGCUUUUGGAUUUCUUUCCUUAGGGUGCUGCAAGGUGUGGUAACCUGGUUCGGUCGGAUUUCAAUACUAAUAGACCAAAAUACCCAGGCAUUCCAUAUGUUCAUGACUGCGCUUCUUCAGCUCUUUGAUCGCUCUGGGAUGUUAUAUGGGGAGCUUGCAAGGUUCGUCUUGAGAUUGCUAGGGAUCAGGACAAAGCCCAUGAAAGUUCAUCCACCGGGGUCCGAAGGGUUACAAGGCCCCCACCAUCCUCAUGGUGGCCAAAACUACAUCGAGGGACCGAAAUCUGCUCCAGCUGGUUCAUGGGACAGUGUCUGGACAGAUGAUGCAAGUAAAUAAAUGCUGCUUUUCAUACUCAUGCAGCAGUGA